AAGAUGUUGUGCUUUCUUAGCUGUAUAUACAUGGACUAUGCAGUUCAAGUACAUGACCACGGAAAAUGAUUGACCCGUAACCCGACGAGCCUUUUGCUUCCUUGAUUUAAUAUCGCUUCUCGUUUUAUUGCCAUGAAUUUGGAUACAGGAACUACCACGAAAUACUAGUCGUUUAUUGCAGCCUACUUACUAUACUUACAUACUUACUUCAACUUGCUCCUGUAGGAACGAUCCAUCGACAAGAUUUUUCAUUUUCGUCUCGAACCGCAAUCACGUAAAGUCCUCACGACCCAACUUUUUAUCAAUCUUCCCUUGUUCACGCUGCUAGUACUAGCAGAUCAAGAAUAAACUUAAAACAAGUGUAUCGACAUCCGAAUCGAGAAUGACAGACGGCAACCCCAACAUCUCCAGCCAAGAUUCGCCAUCACCCCGUCGUGCUGGAGGCAGCCUCACCAAGCAAAAACUCUCCACCUCCCUUCAAGAAAGGCAAGAAGAAAGGAAGCGGCAAAAGCUCAAAAAGAAGAUCACGCGGAAGAACGAGGCCGCGGCGGCUUUAGCAGCCUUUUCACGCUCCUCUUCGUGUUCGGAGGAUGUUGCAGCUGCUCACAAGGAGGAAGGGGAGAAGCAGCCGGAACAACGAGAGCUGAAUCAUGACGAGGAGAACAAAACCAAAGCGGCAGACGAAAAUCUUCGUACUACUGCCAGCACAUCAGUCCAUGAUAAGUCUCGACGCCACUUGAACCCGCAUAAUUUACAAUCAGAUGAUGUUGGGAAUAAAAGUGCCGCAUACUGGACCGUUGGAAUUAGCCUCAUCAUGCUGCCCUUUCUCCUCUACGCGGUGAUACUGCUUUGCGUGGCGAAAGGGGGCCACGACAAUCAGGAUGAUCAUGAAGGUGUCAUCAAGAGCACUCCUGGCCAAGAACAUCAUGGUUUUCUUCGGGGUAGUACUUCAUCGUCGCAAACUAGAGAGCGGAAGUUCCUGGCACCGACACCGAGCUUGCCUGAGGAACCACAGGACAGGUAUGUCCUAAAGGAUGAACAAAAACAAGCAAAAAGCGGUGUUGAAGAUGGAGCAGAAGCAGGUACUGGAGGAGGGUCAUCUGCUGAAGAUUCAUCUGAGGAACAAAGCAUGUCUACCGUAGCUACAGCCCCAGUGGAAAAUGUUUUGGAAACCACCAGCAAGGAAAACGAGAACGACGGGCCAACACUCGUGAACAAACUCGCACCAGAAUAUGGAAGCGAAGUUCUUUCGGACGCGAAGAUGAGCGCGGCGUUUUUAGAACAAGAUCAACUCCAGCGACGAGCGACAGAAGUGGGAAAGAUCGACGUGGUCCAAAUCAUGGAAAGACAAGGGGAUGAAACUUUUGAACAACCGACUCUUAAUUCCUCGACCAUUUUCCUCGGACAGCCUGCAGGAGGUGCUGAAAAGGUGAUGAGUGCAGCUUUAGCCUCCACUUCGACCAGCUUCCUCGACGUGGCGCGGCAAGAACAGCAACGCUCUUUCGCCAGUCAGUUGAGGUUGUAUAAAGAGCAGAAUUUGAAAGCCAAAGCCCCUUUGGCUGUGCUUUAUCAGUGCAGGUACCCGGACGAACGGCAGGAAACCAUUUUGGACAAAGCGGCGCGGGGAAUUACUACACCCGCACAUCAAGAUGGUAGCAUACCCGCGGGAACUACCCUGGAACUGUACGACGUGCCGAAGCGGCAGUGCAGUAUGCCGCAAAAAAAAACUAGUAGCGGUUUUUUCUGCUCGUGACCGUGGUAAAGGUAAACGAUGAAUACUUUUUGACAUGAUAGAAAGAUGUGUUUCCUAAGUUCAGCACAUGAAGAAGUAGAUCACAAAACGAAACAAAAGCGCCGCUACUACAUUUUCCCACUGGAUUCCGCUGUCCGAGUGCACCAGAAUCAACGAUUGUUCCUCUUGGCUCGCGAUAGUACCGAUUCACAAAGUAAACGGGCAGAAAAUUCCCUCCUGCCUGCUUGGAGGAAAGCACGCAAAUCCGUUUGCACGACUUGAUCAACUUCCGUUUCCAACCGAUUAUGGCCCAGACAAGUGGGAAAUUUUCUGCGCAGUGCACGUGCACUCGGGUAGUGAGCCAGGGCAAGGGGUCGUUUCCACCGCGCGUGCAUCUCCUACACCUGUAGUCGCGCGGCCUUAUGGGCAGCAGGACGCUGGCACUGGUUUCGGCAUGUGGGAUGCGUUCACCGCUGCCCUGGAUUACAUUUUUGACGACGACGAGCCGGGAGCGAAGGACGCGUUGGUUUACGCAGAUGAUGACGACGAACUGGAGUUUGGUGAUGCAUCUGGUGACCAUGGUCGUCUUGACCUCAGCGAGGACCCAUUGCACGGCGCGGACUCCACGACCAAAAAUCCGCUGGCAAAGGCCUUGCAGCGGCACGGCACCUGUGGCCGGCACUGGUGGUCGCAUUCCCGGUGCCGGUGCAUGCGAUGGGAAGGACCAGGCGAAAAGCGCAAGCAUGGGCAUCAUCUUGUCAUGCACAAACCCGAAGAAAGCACCAACGGUUUUGCGUUGACUGCGGUGGUGGAUGCGCAGUGCCCCCGGAGUGCAAAAAUCAAUUCCGUCUGUAGGUCUGACUUCGGAUCCGGACAGUGCAUCUUCGAAUGCAGAACCCGGUAUUGCCAGUGCGUUCAAGACAACGGAAACUUCGCUUUCCCGGAGGGAAACGCCGCCUGCACAAACCGCUGGGACGGGUUCUCGUGCGGCGUCGGAACAACUGCCGCAACGUGCCGGGCGAAGCCGCCCCGGUUCAAUCCGGACGAAUUGUGUGUGAUGGCCAUCGAUGCCGCAGAAGCGAUUAACCCCUUCGCGGUCGUGCCAGAUGCGCAAGUUCCCAUCCACCCUGAGACUCAGCUCCAGGCGCGCGCGAUCGGAGGUUUGUAUGGGGAAGUGAGCGAGAAGCAGUUUUUCGAAUUGGCGACUUUGGAUUCGAACGCGAUGGUGGCCAAGGCCAGUGAGACCUUCCACACGCAUAAAGACUUCUUAAUCGAUGCCCAUGCGCAUGCAAGCAAGUUCAGUUCUCUGGCCUACUCUCACCGCGUGCGCGAGUACAUCUUCGUGCCCAUCCGCGGGUGGCUGCAGGCCAGUCCGAAGGUGCCAAAACAACUGGUCCAGGUGCUGAACUUGGCAGUGGAGGGGGCUUUGACUUACAUGGCUAUGGAAUACAAAUUCAUUCUUACCGUACACGUACAAAUAAAUGCAUGUACAAAUUUCGCUCGUCACUUAGAAUCUCCCACUUGUAAAAAUGCUGGUUAAGCUUGAAGGGUUUUUUGUCAUGCAGAAACAGGAGUUGGAGCAUUAUUUGUACGCAGUGUGCGGGACGAACUUUCUCCUGGAUAAUGGCAGUCGUGGCAUACGGGAGUGUGCCUGCCAUCGCGAUUCCGUUGGCGAUCUACCGGUCUCUGGAUUUUUACUGUACGGGCAAGGUGGCCGAAGCCGACAUGUUUGAGGAAGAAGAGUUGGAUAUCGUUCAGAAACAGCAGAGACUUCAUCUCUGCGGGCGGUUACUGGACGCCAAGGACAGGCACCCCAAAACGACCAAGGGUGUGCUUGCUUUGGUGCGGACGCUCGACCUAAUCCUUACCGGCAGCAACCUCGGUGAGGCUGUGAAAGAACUGUUUAGCUUCGCAAAAGAAACGGCUUCCGCCUGGGAAGUAGUCAAAGCUGCUAUCGGUGACGAGCGCGCCGCCGCCGCCGAGGCCUUUGUCGCCGCGGCCGCGGCCGUGAAGAGCCUGGCCUACGCGAAAACGCUUUUGAUGCGGCAGUGCAUGGGGGAUGCCUUUCAGGCGGGGGUGAAGAAGAUUGCCGGGGUGGUUGCGCGGCAUUGGUCGCUGGGCAACUGCCUGGAGCGAACCCGAAAGCGGAUCAACCCGGAGACCGGAGCGCUCGAAGAUGACGAGGGGUUUCGGAACCGCUGGCGGCAAAAGGCUCACGAAUGGAAGGGGAAACUCAAGGCGGUCUGCCCCAGAUUCCAUCGGCACGGAAAAGAGCACGAUGAACCCGCGGCCGUGGCAAAAACUCCGGUUUAGGCCCGCUAGGGGCCCCGUCGCGGGGACCACGACGCCGUGGAAACUCUAGAAGUUGUUGGUGACGCGCGCGACCGGAGUUGUCGGACACCCCCGCGGCCCAGGGGACGUCGUCCGCGACAUCCGUGAAGCUUUCAAGCUGACUGCAACUACACCUGCGAAUUUUCACAACUCUGUCAUGCGGUGGUUCGUGUCAGAAUGCGUAUGUGGUGGGUGGUUCAUCUUGUCAGAACUACAGAAUUUUGGAUGAAAAACGAAAAUGAAAAUUUUGCUUCGAGCUGUAUGAAAAAUUUUGCUUUCGAAAAAGUUGUACCUGCAGAGUUUGUUUUUUUAUUUCACGAGAAGCUCGUGCCUCCCAUGAAUGUCAGUAUGAUAUUUUUUUCCCCAGCUACUUUUUACUGCGCACUAAAGUUCACCAUGCAUUUGCGUGUGGCAAAGUGUACUUAAUUUUGAUUACAUGAAGGACCAAAUGAAAAUCACGAAAUAAAACAUCAGGGAAAAGUAGAGCCUCUUCGCCGUGUUGCUUUCCCUCCGUACAGUAUGAGCUUACAGAUAUGGGAACGAUAAAAGACGAUCAAGAUAGUUGGCAGAUAGGAAACAUUUGUAGUUCCUGUUCCUCAACAUAUGACAACCACACAACAGGAGCAAUGGAAGUCGU